CGAAGCGGCGACGGCGGCUUGGACGGACACCGGGAGUGCGGGAAGCCUGGGGUCCAGGAGAUGGCGAGGAAGAAAUUCACCAACUUGGAAAUCACCCUCAGCGUCCUCUUGGUUAUCCUGUUUGCCAUCUCUGUGGCCCUGAUCGUCCUUCUGUCCACCAAGACGCCGGGCGUUCAAGACAACCCCAGCUCCACAGCGCCUCCUACGUACCCUGGCCUCACCAGUACCACCCCUGCGCUGCCCCCAGACUGCCCCACCGGAAGCCCGCUGGAACGAAUAGACUGCAUCCCUGACCAAGAGGCCACUCAGGUGAAGUGUAAUCAGCGAGGCUGUUGCUGGAGUCUCCAGGGGGGCUCCAAUGUGCCCCCAUGUUUCUUCUCCAGAAAUCAUGGCUACAGGGUGGACGGAGGCCUGACUAACAACACUGCAGGGUUUUCUGCGAGGCUCAGGCGUCUGCCGUCGCCAUCCCUGUUCGGAAAUGAUGUCAGCAUUGUCCUCCUCACAGCCGAGAAGCAGACAGCCAAUCGAUUCCACUUCAAGAUCACAGACCCCAGUGCGAUGAGGUUUGAAGUCCCCCAUGAACACAUCAGACCGUUCGAUGGAAAUGCCAUUUCCCCCGUGAACUACGUCGUCGAGGUCACGGAGAGGCCGUUCAGCCUCCGACUGAAGAGGAGGAGCAACGACCGUGUAUUGCUGGACACGAGCAUUGGGCCUCUGCAGUACGCCGACCAGUUCCUGCAGCUGUCCACCCGCCUGCCCAGCCCCAACGUAUAUGGCUUUGGAGAGCAUGUGCACCAGCAGUACCGGCAUGACCUGGACUGGAAGACGUGGCCCAUCUUUCCUCGUGACACUUUUCCCACUGGGGAUGUGAAGAACCUAUAUGGGGCUCACACAUUCUUCCUGUGCCUGGAAGACAACACCGGCAAUUCCUUCGGGGUGUUCCUCCUCAACAGCAAUGCCAUGGAGGUGGCCCUCCAGCCUGCCCCCGCGGUCACCUACCGGACGGUCGGCGGCAUCCUCGACUUCUACGUGUUCCUGGGUGGCUCGCCAGAGGAAGUGGUCCGAGAGUAUCUGGAGCUGAUAGGGAGACCGUUCCUGCCUGCCUACUGGAGCCUGGGAUUCCACCUGAGCCGCUGGGAGUAUGGUGGCCUGGAGAGGAUGAAAGCAGUCGUAGACAGGACCCGGGAUGCUGGUAUCCCCUAUGAUGUGCAACAUUCUGACAUCGACUACAUGGACCAGAAGAAGGACUUCACUUUUGACCCUGUGGCGUACAAAGGCCUGCCUGAGUUUGCCAGAGAGCUGCAUAACCUCAACCUGAAAUAUGUCGUCAUAAUGGACCCGGCCAUCCCCAUGCAUUCCUACGGCCCCUAUGAACGGGGAUCUGGCAUGAAUGUUUGGGUCAACUCAUCGGAUGGGGUAACCCCCCUCAUCGGAGAGGUGUGGCCAGGACCCACUGUGUUCCCCGACUACAGCAACCCAGCGUGUAUGCAGUGGUGGGCCCAAGAGUUUCACCUCUUCCAUCAACAGCUGACCUUCGACGGGAUCUGGAUUGAUAUGAAUGAAGUCUCAAACUUUGCUAACGGUUCCAAUAAAGGAUGUGCCCCAAACGCCCUGAACUACCCACCUUUUACUCCAGGCAUCGUGGACCAGCUGCUGUUCUCCAGGACACUGUGCAUGGACGCGGUGCAGCACGGCGGCCUCCACUACGACCUCCACGGGCUGUACGGCCACACCAUGGCAGCCGCCACUCAGGAGGCUGCCCAAGGCAUCUACUCCACUAACAGAAGCUUCAUCCUGACACGAUCCACCUUUGCCGGCUCGGGGAAGUUUGCGGCCCACUGGCUGGGAGACAAUGCGGCCACCUGGGAUGACCUGCGCUGGUCCAUCCCCGGGAUGCUCGAGUUCAAUCUGUUUGGGAUCCCCAUGGUGGGCCCGGACAUCUGUGGAUUUUCGGGGAACGUCACUGAAGAACUGUGUGCACGGUGGAUGCAGCUCGAGCCUUUUAUCCCUUUUCUCGGAAUCACAAUGGGUCGAGGUUUUCGGGACCAGGAUCCAGCCGCCUUUGGACGCGACUCUCUCCUGGCCAACUCCUCAAGGCACUACCUGAACAUCCGCUACAGUCUGCUGCCGUACCUCUACACCCUGUUUUACCGAGCACACACUGAGGGGGGCACCGUGGCCAGGCCCCUGAUGCACGAGUUCUACAGUGAUUCAGAAACCUGGGGCAUCUCUCAGCAGUUCCUGUGGGGUUCAGGACUCCUUAUCACACCAGUCCUGGAGCAAGGGGCAGCGAACAUCACCGCUUACAUGCCCGACGCCGUCUGGUAUGACUAUGAAACUGGUGUACGGAGCCGGUGGCGAAAGCAGGAGGUGGUGAUGCAUCUUCCAGUAGACAGGCUGGGGCUUCACCUGCGAGGGGUCACAUCCUCCCCACCCAGAAAGCCAGCCACAACCACGACCACCAGGUAUGGGGCCCCUGGGCUCAUCAUCUCACUGGACGAGAACAACGAAGCCAGAGGAGAGCUUUUCUGGGAUGACGGCACAACUAACGACACCGUGGCAUCCCAAGCCUAUCUGUUGCAUGAGUUUUCAUUCAUCAAGGAUCACUUAGACGUGAAGGUAUCACACAGUGGCUACACAGACCCUAACGGCUUGGCGUUUGAGGAGAUUAAAAUCCUUGGUACUCAAAAGAUCAGCAACAUCGUGGUCAAACACAAUGGCACCAAAAUUCCAUCCUCCCCCACAGUCCACUACGACGCGGCAGCCAAGGUGGCCCUUAUCACUGGCCUCCAGCUGGACCUGGGAAAAGCCUAUUCUCUGCACUGGAACCUGGAGUUCAGUGACUUGGAAAGGAUCGACUGCUUACCUGACCUCGAGCACCCCUCUGAGGAGAACUGUACAGUCCGUGGUUGUGUGUGGGAGCCUACGAACUCAUCCAUCCCGUCUUGCUACACCGUCAGUGAUGCAUAUUCCAUCAGCAACGUCCAGCACGAGCCUAUGGGACUGUCAGCUGACCUCACGCUGACCCUGCCUCGCUCCGGUCUGCCUUCAACCCCUGUACACACUCUGCGCCUGGUUGUGACCUAUCACAAGAAUAACUUGUUGCAGUUUAAGAUUUUGAUCCCAACAGCCAGAGCUGGGACUUCGCAACUCCCCGGCUUCACAUUCAAUGACCUGUUCCUGCGCAUCUCCACCCGCCUGCCCUCCGCCCACAUCUAUGGCUUUGGGGAGACGGAGCACCGGACCUUCCGCCAGGACCUGGACUGGCACACCUGGGGGAUGUUCUCAAGGGACCAGCCCCCGGGGUACAAGCUGAACUCAUACGGCGUUCACCCCUACUACAUGGCUCUGGAGGAGGACGGCCAUGCCCACGGUGUGCUCCUGCUCAACAGCAAUCCGCAGAUGUCCACGUUCCAGCCGACGCCAGCACUGACCUACGCCACGACUGGGGGGAUUCUGGACUUUUUUGUGGUCUUGGGCCCAACUCCAGAACUGGUGACUCAGCAGUACACUGAGUUGAUUGGACGGCCAGUGAUGCCACCGUACUGGGCUCUGGGCUUCCAGCUGUGUCGCUAUGGAUACCAGAAUGACUCAGAGAUCGCCGAACUGUACGACGAAAUGGUGGCAGCAAAGAUUCCCUAUGACGUGCAGUACUCGGACAUCGAUUACAUGGAGCGGCAGUUGGAUUUCACGCUCAGCCCCAACUUUUCUGGCUUCUGCCUUGAUGACCGCAUGAAGACAGCAGGGAUGAGAGUCAUCCUCAUCCUGGAUCCCGCCAUCGGCAAUGAGACGAAGCCAUAUCCGGCGUUCACCCGGGGGAAGCAGGACGAUGUCUUCAUCCGGUGGCCGGAUGGCAGCGACAUUGCCUGGGGAAAGGUGUGGCCAGAUUAUCCCCAAUUGUUGGUAAACGGGUCCCUUGACUGGGAGACCCAAGUGGAGCUGUACCGGGCUCACGUGGCCUUCCCAGACUUUUUCCGCAACUCAACAGCUGCCUGGUGGAAAAGAGAAAUCCUGGAACUGCACACCAACCCGCGGGAGCCCCACAAGAGCCUCAAGUUCGAUGGCUGUGGAUUGUAAGAGUCCAGCAGCUUUGUCAAUGGUGCCGUCGGUGGCUGCCGAAAUGACGUCCUGAACCACCCUCCAUAUAUGCCGCACUUGGCUUCCAGGGAGCGGGGUCUGAGCAGCAAGACCCUGUGCAUGGAGAGUCAGCAGUUCCUGACUGACGGCUCAGUGCGGCACUAUGAUGUACACAACCUGUACGGUUGGUCCAUGAAACCCACCUAUGACGCCGUCCAAGAAGCUACAGGGCAGCGGGCCCUGGUCAUCAGUCGCUCGACGUUCCCCUCAGCAGGGCGCUGGGGUGGACACUGGCUCGGGGACAACACAGCAGCAUGGGACCAGCUGGGGAAGUCCAUCAUCGGCAUGAUGGAGUUCAGCCUCUUCGGGAUUUCCUAUACGGGAGCGGACAUCUGUGGGUUCUUCAAUGACGCGGACUACGAGAUGUGUGCCCGCUGGAUGCAGCUGGGGGCCUUCUACCCCUUCUCCCGCAACCACAACACCAUCGGCACCAAGAGACAAGACCCAGUGGCCUGGAACAAGACCUUUGAGGAUCUCUCCAGGAGUGUGCUCAACACCAGAUACACCCUGCUGCCCUACCUAUACACGCUCAUGCACGAUGCCCACGUGAACGGCAGCACUGUCAUCCGUCCGCUGUUCCACGAGUUUGUGGAGGACACGGUGUCCUGGGACGUCUUCGAGCAGUUUCUGCUGGGCCCUGCCUUCCUGGUCAGCCCUGUUCUCAAGGCCAAUGCAGUCCACGUCUCGGCUUAUUUCCCCAAAGCUCGCUGGUACAGCUAUCACACGGGAAUGGAGGUGGGAGCGAGGGGGCAGUGGAGGAACCUAUCAGCGCCCCUGGACCACAUCAACCUGCAUGUCCGAGGAGUCCACAUCCUGCCGUGCCAGAAGCCGGCCAACAACACCCACUACAGUCGACGCAACGCCCUGGCACUCCUCGUGGCUUUGGAUGAGGACGGACUGGCCACAGGGCAGCUUUUCUAUGAUGGGCAAAGCAUCGACACUUAUGAAAGCGGGAAUUACCAUUUAUCGGCCUUCUCCGCCAGCCGGGGUCAUGUGGAGGUUCACGUUCUCCACCAAGGAUUCUUGGACCUGAACAGGCUCACCUUUCAGGAGAUUAAGAUCUUUGGACUGGAUUUGGAACCGGUCAGCGUCACAGUGAAGCAGAAUGGGGUUUUGCUGCCGAUGGUGCCUGCCAUCAGCUACGAUCCUGUUAACCAGGUCACCCGUAUUACAGGGCUGCGUCUGGAGCUAGGAAAGGCUUACAGGGUGGAAUGGAGCUUGAAGAUCAGUGACCUGGAAAAGUUCGACUGCUACCCCGACCAGCACGGUGCCUCUGAGAGCACCUGCCAGCAGAGGGGCUGCGUCUGGGAGCCAACCAGCACCCCGGGGGUGCCUUUCUGCUACAUCACUAAGAACUACUACACCGCCCAGAACAUCCAGUACAGCACGACCGGCAUCACCGCUGACCUCUCCCGGAGCUCCGAGCCCAAUCACCUGCCCUCUACUCCCAUAAGCGCCCUCCGCCUAGUCGUGACCUUCCAUCAGGACCACCUGCUGCAGUUUAAGAUCUUCGACCCCAACAGCCGGAGGUAUGAAGUGCCGGUGCCUGUGAACAUCCCCCACUCUCCUGCUGGGACCGCUGAGGCCCAGCUGUAUGAUGUCAAAGUUAAAGAAGACCCCUUCGGGAUCGAAAUUAGACGCAGGAGCACCGGCACAGUGAUCUGGAACUCACAGCUCCCUGGCUUCACAUUCAACGACCUGUUCCUGCGCAUCUCCACCCGCCUGCCUUCCCGCCACAUCUAUGGCUUUGGGGAGACGGAGCACCGGACCUUCCGCCAGGACCUGAAUUGGCACACUUGGGGGAUGUUCUCGCGGGACCAGCCCCCGGGGUACAAGCUGAACUCUUACGGCGUUCACCCCUACUACAUGGCACUGGAGGAGGAUGGCCAUGCCCACGGCGUGCUCUUGCUUAACAGCAAUGCCAUGGAUGUCACACUCCAGCCGAUGCCAGCACUGACCUACCGCACGACUGGGGGGAUUCUGGACUUUUUUGUGGUCUUGGGCCCAACCCCAGAGCUGGUGACCCAGCAGUACACCGAGCUAAUCGGACGACCAGCGAUGCCACCAUACUGGGCUCUGGGCUUCCAGCUGUGUCGUUAUGGAUACCAGAACGACUCGGAGAUCGCAGAUCUGUAUGACGCGAUGGUGGCGGCAAAUAUUCCUUAUGAUGUGCAGUACUCAGAUAUUGAUUACAUGGAGCGGCAAAUGGACUUCACGCUCAGCCCUCACUUUGCCGGAUUCCCCGCCUUGAUCGAUCGCAUGAAGGCCGCGGGAAUGAGAGUCGUCCUCAUCCUGGAUCCCGCCAUCUCGGGCAACGAGACGAAGCCAUAUCCCGCAUUCACCCGGGGGCAGCAGGACGACGUCUUCAUCCAGUGGCCAGAUGGCAGUGACAUCGCUUGGGGAAAGGUGUGGCCGGAUUAUCCCAAUGUCGUGGUAAAUGGGUCUCUUGACUGGGAGACCCAAGUGGAGCUGUACCGGGCUCACGUGGCCUUCCCAGACUUUUUCCGCAACUCGACAGCUACCUGGUGGAAAAGAGAAAUCUUGGAACUGCACACCAACCCGCAGGAGCCCCACAAGAGCCUCAAGUUCGACGGCUUGUGGAUUGACAUGACGAGCCAGCCAGCUUUGUCAACGGUGCCCGUCGGCGGCUGCCGAAACAACUCCCUGAACCACCCGCCAUAUAUGCCGCACCUAACUUCCCGGGACCGGGGUCUGAGCAGUAAGACCCUGUGCAUGGAGAGUCAGCAGUUCCUGGCCGACGGCUCCCCAGUGCGGCACUAUGACGUACACAACCUGUACGGGUGGUCCCAGAUGAAACCCACCUUUGAUGCUGUCCAAGAGGCCACAGGGCAGCGGGCCCUGGUCAUCAGCCGCUCAACAUUCCCCUCAGCGGGGCGCUGGGGAGGACACUGGCUCGGGGACAACACUGCGGCAUGGGACCAGCUGGGGAAGUCUAUCAUCGGCAUGAUGGAGUUCAGCCUCUUCGGGAUCUCCUAUACGGGAGCGGAUAUCUGCGGGUUCUUCAAAGACGCAGACUACGAGAUGUGUGCCCGCUGGAUGCAGUUGGGGGCCUUUUACCCCUUCUCCCGCAACCACAACACCAUUGGCACCAAGAGGACAGACCCAGUGGCCUGGAACAAGACCUUUGAGGAUCUCUCCAGGAACGUACUCAUCACCAGAUACACCCUGCUGCCCUACCUCUACACGCUAAUGCACGAUGCCCAUGUGAACGGCAGCACCGUCGUCCGUCCACUGCUUCACGAGUUUGUGGAGGACCCAGUGUCCUGGGAUGUCUUCGAGCAGUUUCUGUUGGGCCCCGCCUUCCUGGUCAGCCCCGUUCUCAAGGCUAAUGCAGUCCACGUCUUGGCUUAUUUCCCCAAAGCUCGCUGGUACAGCUAUCACACGGGAACCGAGAUGGGAUCAAGAGGGCAGUGGAGGAACCUGUCAGCGCCCCUGGACCACAUCAACCUGCAUGUCCGUGGGGGCCACAUCCUGCCAUGCCAGGGUCCAGGCAACAACACCCGCUACAGUCGGCGCAAUGCCCUGGGACUCCUCGUUGCAUUGGAUGAGAAUGGACAGGCCACAGGGCGGCUGUUCUGGGACGAUGGGCAAAGCAUCGACACGUAUGAAAGUGGGAAUUACCAUUUAUCAGCCUUCUCUGCCAGCCGGGGUCACAUGGAAGUGCACGUUCUCCACCGGGGAUUCUCGGAUCCGAACAGGCUUGCCUUUCAGGAGAUUAAGAUCUUCGGGCUGGACUUGGAACCGGUCAACAUCACAGUGAAGCAGAACGGGGUCCCACUCUCGACAGUGCCCAUCACAAGCUAUGAUCCUGUGAAUAAGGUCGCCCGCAUCACGGGGCUGCGUCUGGAACUGGGAGAGGCCUACAGGGUGGAAUGGAGCUUGAAGGUCAGUGAUCUGACAAAGAUCGACUGCUACCCCGAAGAACACAGUGCCUCUGAGAAAAACUGCCAACAGCGGGGCUGCCUCUGGGAGCCAACCAGCACUCCAGGGGUCCCUUUCUGCUACAUCACCAAGAACUACUACACCGCCCAGAACAUCCAGUAUAGCGCAACUGGCAUCACCGCUGACCUCACCCGAAGUGCCGAGCCCAAUCACCUGCCCUCCACUCCCAUAAGCCCCCUCCGCCUGGACGUGACCUUCCAUCAUGACCACCUGCUGCAGUUUAAGAUCUCUGACCCCAGCAGCCGGAGGUACGAAGUUCCGGUGCCCCUGAACAUUCCCCACCCUCCAGCCAGGACUGCCGAGGCCCAACUGUAUGAUGUCUUCAUUAAGGAUGACCCCUUUGGGAUCGAAAUCAGACGCAGGAGCACCGGCACGGUGAUCUGGGACUCGCAACUCCCCGGUUUCACGUUCAAUGACCUGUUCCUGCGCAUCUCCACCCGCCUGCCCUCCCGCUACAUCUAUGGCUUCGGGGAGACGGAGCACCGGACCUUCCGCCAGGACCUGGACUGGCACACCUGGGGGAUGUUCUCACGGGAUCAGCCCCCGGGGUACAAGCAGAACUCGUACGGCGUUCACCCCUACUACAUGGCGCUGGAGGAGGAUGGCCAUGCCCACGGUGUGCUCCUGCUCAACAGCAAUGCUAUGGAUGUUACACUCCAGCCUACACCAGCACUGACCUACCGCACAACUGGAGGGAUUCUGGACUUUUUUGUGGUCUUGGGCCCAACUCCAGAGCUGGUGACCCAGCAGUAUACCGAGCUGAUCGGACGGCCAGCGAUGCCACCGUACUGGGCUCUGGGCUUCCAGUUAUGUCGCUAUGGAUACCAGAAUGACUCGGAGAUAGCAGAGCUGUACGACCAGAUGGUGGCAGCAAAGAUCCCCUAUGAUGUGCAGUACUCAGACAUCGAUUACAUGGAGCGGCAGCUGGACUUCACACUCAGCCCUCAUUUUGCCGGCUUCCCCGCCUUGAUUGACCGCAUGAAGACUGCGGGUAUGAGAGUCAUUCUCAUCCUGGAUCCCGCCAUCUCGGGCAAUGAGACAAAACCGUAUCCCGCAUUCACCCGGGGACAGCAGGACGACGUCUUCAUCCGGUGGCCGGAUGGCAGUGACAUCGCUUGGGGAAAGGUGUGGCCAGAUUAUCCCAACGUCAUGGUGAAUGGAUCUCUUGACUGGGAGACCCAAGUUGAGCUGUAUCGGGCUCAUGUGGCCUUCCCAGACUUUUUCCGCAACUCGACAGCUGCCUGGUGGAAAAGAGAAAUCUUGGAACUGCACACCAACUCACUGGAACCCCACAAGAGCCUCAAGUUUGAUGGCUUGUGGAUUGACAUGAACGAGCCAGCCAGCUUUGUCAAUGGUGCUGUCGGUGGCUGCCGAAACGACUCCCUGAACCACCCACCAUAUAUGCCGCAUUUGGCUUCUAGGGAGCGGGGCCUGAGCAGCAAGACCCUGUGCAUGGAGAGUCAGCAAUUCCUGGCCGACGGCUCCCCGGUGCGGCACUACGACGUGCACAACCUGUACGGGUGGUCCCAGAUGAAACCCACCUAUGAUGCCAUCCAGGAGGCCACGGGGCAGCGGGGCCUGGUCAUCAGCCGCUCGACGUUCCCCUCGGCCGGGCGCUGGGGUGGACACUGGCUUGGGGACAACACGGCGGCGUGGGACCAGCUGGGGAAGUCCAUCAUUGGUAUGAUGGAGUUCAGCCUCUUCGGGAUCCCCUAUACGGGAGCAGACAUCUGUGGGUUCUUCAAUGAUGCAGACUACGAGAUGUGUGCCCGCUGGAUGCAGCUGGGGGCCUUCUACCCCUUCUCCCGCAACCAUAACACCAUUGGCACCAAGAGACAAGACCCGGUGGCCUGGAACAAGACUUUCGAGGAUCUCUCCAGGAAUGUGCUCAACGCUAGAUACACUCUGCUACCCUACCUGUACACGCUCAUGCAUGAUGCCCACGUGACUGGCAACACCGUCGUCCGUCCUCUCCUCCACGAGUUUGUGGAUGACAAGGUGACCUGGGAUGUCUUCAAGCAGUUUCUGCUGGGCCCCGCCUUCCUGGUCAGCCCUGUUCUGGAGCCGGCGCAAGUCAAGGUGGCUGCCUACUUCCCAAGAGCCCGCUGGUAUGACUAUUACUCGGGGUCUGAGGUGGAAGCAAGGGGACAAUGGAAGAACCUGUCAGCUCCCCUCGACCACAUCAACCUGCACAUCCGCGGGGGCCACAUCCUGCCAUGCCAGGAGCCAGCCAACAACACCCACUUCAGCCGCCAGAACUUCAUCCUGCUGAUCGUGGCCCCUGGACGAGAGGUGGUGAGGCGGCAAGGUCGGCUGUUCUGGGACGACGGCCAGAGCAUCGAUACCUACGAAGCCGGGAAUUACUACCAGGCCUCCUUUUCCGCCCGCCAGAAUCACUUGGAGACUCACAUUGUGCACAACCAGUUCAUCACUGCAAGAAACCAGCUGGCGCUGGGUUUCAUCCACAUCUGGGGGCUGGCGGAGCCUUCAGUCAUCAGUGUUUCCGUCGAGGUCGAUGGGGGUCACACGGCCGCUCAAUCUCUUCCAGCAUGAUCCAGCCAAGCAGGUGCUCAGCGUGAAUUUGACAAGCCAAGCUUUGACCCCUGGAGAAGCCACUCUCGGCUCACGUGGCAGACAUCCCAGUGACCUCUGACAGAUCUCGCACCCCUCGUCCAUGACAGUCCUGCAGUGGAAGCUUUAGCUUGAUUGGACACAUUGCUAGAACCCCAUGGGAUGGACUGCAUACAACAGAAUCCCUGUUCCAUCUCCGCCUGAGCCGAGGGAGCUGGUGGCUGAUGUGAGAGGUCCAGGGAACGCCUCUGGAAAGGGGGAAAGACUGUGGGAGAAGGGAGCACGAGGUUGGGAGAAAGGGGAGCAAAAAUGGGUGCCAAGAGAAGAGCCGACAGUG